UUACAUUAUCGUGCAAGCGGAACCAUAGCUGUUAGCUCCUUGCAGCCCGCACUGUCGGAGAUUUUAACCGCUGCACCAGUGAUGUAACUUUCGUUUCCUGAUCGGUAAAGGGUCACACACAUGACUACAGAGUUUAUAGAGACUCUAGUUUAUCAAGCUAAACCUUCUUUUGUACCGUCCCUGGAAUAAAUAGAAAUGAUGUUGCGGACGCUGUGUCGGACCGGCGGAUUGCUGCUGCAGCAAACUCAGCGUGCUGCGCCGAGGUUGUGGGUUACACCAGCCCAGCAGCGAUGGGCGUCCAGCCUGCCGAUGAACACUGUGGUCCUGUUCGUGCCCCAGCAGGAAGCCUGGGUGGUGGAGAGAAUGGGUCGCUUCCACCGCAUCUUAGAGCCGGGUUUAAACUUCCUAAUACCCUUACUGGACAGAAUCCGUUAUGUGCAGAGUCUCAAAGAAAUUGUCAUCGAUGUCCCGGAGCAGUCUGCAGUAUCUCUAGAUAAUGUAACGCUACAGAUUGAUGGAGUGCUCUACUUAAGGAUCCUAGACCCCUUUAAGGCCAGUUACGGUGUUGAGGAUCCAGAAUAUGCCGUGACACAGUUGGCACAGACCACCAUGCGAUCAGAACUGGGCAAACUCACACUGGACAAAGUGUUCAGGGAAAGGGAGUCCCUCAAUUCCAACAUCGUCCACUCAAUCAACCAAGCUUCAGACGAGUGGGGGAUCCGCUGCCUCCGUUAUGAAAUCAAAGAUAUACACGUUCCACCUCGUGUCAAAGAGUCCAUGCAGAUGCAGGUGGAGGCUGAGCGCAAGAAGAGAGCCACGGUGCUGGAGUCUGAAGGGACGAGGGAAGCGGCCAUUAAUGUCGCUGAGGGUCGUAAACAAGCUCAGAUCCUGGCCUCGGAGGGUGAAAAAGCAGAGCAGAUCAAUAAAGCGGCUGGUGAGGCGCAGGCGGUCAUGGCCAAAGCCGAAGCAAAAGCUAAAGCGAUCCGUAUGCUGUCAGAUGCUCUGACCGAGCAGAAUGGAAACGCAGCAGCCUCGCUGACUUUGGCCGAGCAGUACGUGUCCGCGUUCUCCAACCUGGCUAAAGAGUCCAACACCAUCCUUCUGCCCUCGAAUACUGGUGACGUUACCGGAAUGGUCACACAGGCUAUGACCAUUUACGGCACGUUGGCAAAGGUGAGUCCAAAAGUGCCAGAAGUGGUGGUGGAGGAGAAGAUUGAAGACCACGUGAACCAAUCAUCUCAAUAGCAGAGGACUCACAGAAUGAACUCAAAGCAGUAAAACAACACCGAACCAGGAGACGCAGUUUUUGUUUCUGUUAUCGAGGCUCCGAGACAUCGCAGCGUGAUGUUCUCACACCUUCUACUGACAAGACAGGAGGAACAAAAGACCAACUUUACUAACUCCUGGGAUGUUUUGCCUCGGUGUCGUGGGGAAAAUUAAUGUCUUUUGUAAGAGGACCUUCAAUCGCUUUUUGGGAGUUAUAGGCCACUGCGGCUACAAAAAAUAAGCCCUCCAAGUUGUUUAGUACCUGAUUUUUUUAGCAUUUAAGUCAUUAUUUGUGGGCAAUUUCUUUCAUGCAUCAGUUCUGUUGUGCAUGGUUUGUAACAUUGCAUAAAUGCUGAUAGUUUUGUAUGUAAAGGUUUUUAAUUUGACUGCUCUGUUUCAAAAUUUAAGUGACUAUUUCAAAAUUUAAAUGAAACAUAGCAUUGUGUGGAGUAUUUUCUCAUUUUGCAGCCUGUUUUGUUUUCAGUUUUUUUUUUUUUUUUUUGGUUCAUUUCUAUUAACGCGUUAACUCCUGAUCCAUCUGCUUCGAUAUGGCUCAUUUAUCACUGACAAUUCUUCGACUGUCUUCAGCAUCACUGGGACCAGCUUCUUUAGUUUCUACAUGUGAUAAUGUCCGGUGGGAUGCCUCCAAAUGAUUGAAAGUUUACUAUAAUGUGGUUAAUUUACAAUUUGGCUCAUGUUAGAUUAAAACAGUAUCUCCCUGAAAAAGCUAAUCCGGUAUUUGCUUUAUUAUUUAGACACGAUUCCUUCUCUAUUUCUAGUAAUUACACAAAUUGAGCCCUAAAAGUUGAAAGUUCAUGUCCUCUGUGUAUUUGUCUUCACCUCUUAUGUCUUAUGGAAUAUAUUUAUUCAGUUUCA